UGUGAACGUUGUGAACGCGAUUUUAACCUAUUUCGUUUAAAUAUCCGUUUUUUGUGAUUCUUUCAUCUCUAGAGUUUCUACAUCUUUGGCAUUAUAAAGAAUUUAUUUUUAAUAAAGAAAAAAAAAGGAGGAAAAAGGAAGAAUUUCUUGAAUUUAUUAACGGUAUGCUGUAAAAUCCAUCAUUUUUUCUAAAUUGUGGAGAUGACUGGGGCAAUCAAAUCCAGAGCAUGUACGAUUGAAAAAAUCAAUAUAGGCAAUUCCUCUGAAUCCGGGUUAUUAAUAUUUCUUUCUACAAAUAAUAUAGAAAAUUCAGGAGAUACUGAGUCGGUAAUUUUAAAUAAAACUUCAAAUUUUUCUUGUCGUUUUACUUUUGAACAUAAUGCGUAUGAUGUUAUAACUGGAAAGAUAUGUUUCAGUAAUUUAGCACUGAAUAAACAAUGUGAAGUAAAAACCCACUUAGUGUAUUUACCAACAUCUGAAUCUAGAUUGGUGGUUAUUAAUGAAACAAACGUUACUUGUUCUGACGUUUAUGAGAAAUUUUUCUCCAUGAGUCCAAAGUCUGUAGACGAAGAUGCUAUUUUUUGUAACAAGAUAUUAAUCUAUUGCGUAAUAAUAGAGAAGGAUAUUCCUCUUUUGAAAAUAGAUAUUCCUAAAGAUGAAAAAUCUGCAUAUUUUCUCUCUCUCUACGAAGAAAAACUAUUCACUGAUUUUAAAAUAAUUUGUGAAGCUCAGGAAUUCUGCGUUCAUAAAAUAAUUCUGGGUCAUUCUCCCGUUUUCAAAGCCAUGCUUCAAUGUCCAAUGAAGGAAUCUACAGAAAAUGUACUAACAAUCAGUGAUUUUAAACCGACAAUUGUUGAAAUAAUGAUUCGUUACCUAUACUCGGGCGGAAUAAAAGCAGAAUUAUGCGAAGAUGAAUUGCAACAGCUUCUAUUAAUUGCAAAUAAGUACAAUUUAGAAGAAUUGAAAACAACUGCGAUAAACGAAAUUUUGAAAACGAUUAAAACUUUUACUAAAGCUUUAGACUUCUUUCUAUUUGCGGAAUCUAAUAAUCUCGAUUCGAGGGACUUAAUAGUUAAGUUUAUGAAGGAUAACAAGCGAAUUUGGUUCGAAGAAUGAUACUCUGUUGAUUAUGUAACACGUAUAUCUACGAGAGUUUAAAAGACUAUUUCUAAAAAUUAGUUUAUCAUUCAUAUGUAAAAAAAACU